AUGUCGUCCAAAAGAGCGGGCGAUGAGUCAUCAUCCCUCAUCAAGCGCGUACGCAUGGACCAGGACGGCACAGCGGAGGACGACCCGGCGAUGCAGCAGAUCGUCGUCGCCUCGGACGGCAACUCGGCCAACAAGGGCGCGCUCAUACAGACCAUUCGGAGGACAUCCGGGUUACAGGCACCUAUCAUGUGCUUGCAGGUGCGUACGCGUCCGUUGUUUGCGGUGCGGUAUGUUACCCGUGCUCAUCUCUCGCUCUUUCUGCCUCCACAACCCAGGGCCACCAAGGUGAGAUCCUCGACGUCAAGUUCUCCCCCGACGGAGAACACCUCGCUUCAUCUGGGGUGGACCGGAUUAUCUUGUUGUGGAAUGUAUACGGAGAGUGUAGAAAGUGAGUCGAGCUCUGUGAGGCUAGGGCACGUAUUUUUGUCGCAAGCUCACGACGCGCUCUCGCUCCUCGCACUGCCGCCUGCGAUGCUGACCCUGUAUCUCGUGUGAUCAUCUCACCACCACCAGCUGGGGCAUGUUGCGUACACCAAAAGGAGCACCAACCUCGAUCGCCUUUGUCGGCAACGACCGCCUCUUGGCCGGCUCGACCGACCACACCCUCUUCCUCUUCCACCUCCCCACGGGCGAAGUCCAACGUCGGUUCCGUGGGCACACCUCCAUCGUCAACAGCGUCGAUGUGCAACGAGGGGGAGCGGGGAGGGACCUGUUCGCUUCGGGGAGUGAUGAUGGUUAUGUCAUGGUUUGGUCAGAGGACAGCAAGGACGCGAUCGAGGUCGUCGAGCUGGGCUAUCCCGUCACCGCCGUAGGUUCUGAGAUGUGUCCCUACCAUAGGUCAACGCUGAAUGUUCACUGACAUUAUAUACUCAUCAUGCACAGGUCAAAUGGUCCGAGGACGGCCAACAACUCUUCAUCGGUGGCCUCGACAACGACGUCCACGUCUAUUCGCUCGCCUCCAAGUCGGUCAUCUACUCUCUCCGCGCCCACACCGACACCAUCACAUCCCUCUGUCUAUCCCCCUCGAACCCUUCUCACCUUUUAUCAACUGGAAUGGAUUCCGUCCUUCAUCUCUGGUCCGUCGCCCCCUUCGCACCAACGAUCAACGCCUCGAACCCGAGUCUCCACCCUCGCUUGAUCAGGAGUUUCUAUGGCGCUCCCGCGGGGUUCGAAGGGUUGUUGAGGAGGGCGAGUUUCUCGAGGCAUUCGACGCAGCAGGGGAACGGGGGGAGUAUGGUCGCUGUUGGAGGGGCGGAUAGGGCCUUGACGAUUUGGGAUGCCGAGACGGCCAGUAUUCGGUACAAGGUGCGUCGGAGAGCCGGGUGCGAUGGAGAUGACCUGUGAGACUGACUCUUGAAUUUCUCCCGUCGCCUUGAUCUCAGUUACCGGGUCAUACAGGAACGGUGAUCGCGACGGACUGGUCGCCCAAAGAACCCAUCUGCGCCUCAACCGGCGUCGAAGGGGUCAUUUACUUGGGUGAAGUCGCCAGUGUAUGA